UGGCUAAGGGACGAGGCAGUUCUCGUCCAGAGCCCAGGUAAUCCGGGCGGGAUCAGCUGGCGUCGCGAUGUGAUGACGUCAGGCCCCGGGCAGGCCUGGAGUGGCGCGCUGGGCGUGCGCGGCUGCGGUACGGCGUGUUGGUCCCCGCGGUUCAGCUGAGGUAGGGACGUGCUGUAGGCCGGAAUGUUACCGGCUGUUGGAUCUGCGGAUGAGGAAGAGGAUCCUGCGGAGGAGGAUUGUCCUGAAUUGGUUCCCGUUGAGACGACGCAAAGCGAGGAGGAGGAAAAGUCUGGCCUCGGCGCCAAGAUCCCAGUCACAAUCAUCACCGGGUAUUUAGGUGCUGGGAAGACAACACUUCUGAACUAUAUUUUGACAGAGCAACAUAGUAAAAGAGUAGCGGUCAUUUUAAAUGAAUUUGGGGAAGGAAGUGCGCUGGAGAAAUCCUUAGCUGUCAGCCAAGGUGGAGAGCUCUAUGAAGAGUGGCUGGAACUUAGAAACGGUUGCCUCUGCUGUUCAGUGAGGGACAAUGGCCUUAGAGCUAUUGAGAAUUUGAUGCAAAAGAAGGGGAAAUUUGAUUACAUACUGUUAGAGACCACUGGAUUAGCAGAUCCUGGUGCAGUGGCUUCUAUGUUUUGGGUUGAUGCUGAAUUAGGGAGUGAUAUUUACCUUGAUGGUAUCAUAACUAUUGUGGAUUCAAAAUAUGGAUUAAAACAUUUAACACAAGAGAAACCUGAUGGCCUUAUCAAUGAAGCUACCAGGCAAGUUGCUUUGGCAGAUAUCAUUCUCAUUAAUAAAACAGACUUGGUUCCAGAAGAAGAUGUAAAGAAAUUAAGAACGACAAUUAGAUCCAUAAAUGGACUAGGACAAAUCUUAGAAACACAAAGAUCAAGAGUUGAUCUCUCUAAUGUAUUAGAUCUUCAUGCCUUUGAUAGUCUCUCUGGAAUAAGUUUGCAGAAAAAACUUCAGCAUGUGCCAGGAACACAACCUCACCUUGAUCAGAGUAUUGUUACAAUCACAUUUGAAGUACCAGGAAAUGCAAAGGAAGAACAUCUUAAUAUGUUUAUUCAGAAUCUCCUGUGGGAAAAGAAUGUGAGAAACAAGGACAAUCACUGCAUGGAGGUCAUAAGGCUGAAGGGAUUGGUGUCAAUCAAAGACAAAUCACAACAAGUGAUUGUCCAGGGUGUCCAUGAGCUCUAUGAUCUGGAGGAGACUCCAGUGAGCUGGAAGGAUGACACUGAGAGAACAAAUCGAUUGGUCCUCAUUGGCAGAAAUUUAGAUAAGGAUAUCCUUAAACAGCUGUUUAUAGCUACUGUGACAGAAACAGAAAAGCAGUGGACAACACAUUUCAAAGAAGAUCAAGUUUGUGCUGUUGUAGGAGCAAGGGAUACAAUGAUGAUCAAGGCAGAUGCAGCCGUUACCUUCAGGUCGUGGAGUCCGGAUACAGACUGGAGGCAGGCAGCUGUAAGAUGUGCGACAAAUGCUGCGCUGGAUCAGCCCAUGGUAUUAGGAGAGCAGAGACCGAGAGGUUGAUGUCACUCCCAAUAUCGGAGGAAGUAUACACCCCCGUGUGAGAUGGUCCUUAAUAAUAUUCCACGGCGGAGGGGGUGAUAUGACUACAUACAUGGCAGAAAGUGGAAACCCCCCAGGGAUAUUAUUCCCACGAUCCUGGAGGGAAGAAGAUGAUGUUACUUUCAAUAUGACAGAAGGUGGAUGAAGUGGUGGACUGCCCCUCCACACCUGUGGACACGCCCCCACUGAUAUUCCUUCUAAUUGCAACAUGGGAGAGGAGGAUAUGACACGCGAUAUCGCAGGGAGUAGAAACGCCCCUGUGAUACUGUUCUUAAUAUUCAGGGAGGAAGAGGAUAAUAUUACUCCCAAUACAGAUGGGUGUACACCCGUCUGUGAAAGAGUUCAUAAUCUCCAGAGGGGGAGAUGAUAUUACUCACAAUAUGGUAAAGAGGCUGUGAGUCCACGGAGGAUCCUCAGAGCCAGCGGGGGAAGAGGGGCUGGCUCUCAGUCCCCGCCUCACGGGGGUGCCUCCCCCCACUGCGAUGGGGGUCAUAAGAGCCAGUGGGGGAAGAGGGGCUGGCUCUGAGACCCCGCCUCACGGGGGGUGCCUCCCCCCACUGCGAUGGGGGUCCUAAGAGCCAGUGGGGGAAGAGGGGCUGGCUCUCUGUACCCGCCUCACGGGGGGUGCCUCCUCCCCCUGCAAUGGGGUUCCUAAGGGCCCAGGAGGAAGAGGGGCUGUCUCUCAGUCCCCGCCUCGCGGGGAGUGCCUCCCCUUCCUGCGAUGGGGGUCCUAAGAGCCAGUGGGGGAAGAGGAGCUGGCUCUCAGUCUCCGCCUCGCGAGGUGCCUCCCCACCUUGCGAUCAGGGUCCCAAGAGCCAGGGGGGAAGAGGGGCUGGCUCUCUUUGUGGAUGAUUCUUUUUACAUUCUCAGGCAGUUUUCUUUUUUCUUUCUUUUUUUUUUUUGAGACUGAGUCUUGCUCUGUUGCCCAUGCUUUGCUGUAUCUCGGGUGACUGCAACCACUGCCUCCCAGGUUCAAGAGAUUCUCCUGCCUCAGCCUCCUGAGUAGCUGGGACUAGAGGCGUGUGUCACCACACCCAGCUAAUUUUUGUAUUUUUAGUAGAGAUGGGGUUUCACCAUGUUUGCCAGGAUGGUCUCUAUCUCCUGACCUUGUGAUCCACCCACCUCAGCCUCCCAAAGUGCUGGGAUUGCAGGUGCGAGCCACUGGGUCCAGCCUCUCAGGCGAUUUUCAUACCUGCAUACUCUGAUCACUACUCUGUUAAACAGUCAAGGAGGGAAGAUCUCUGAGCUCCAUCUGCAUUCUUUCUUCCUGUGCUGUGGCCUGGAAAGUUUUCUAAGGUGUUUGGGAGGUCAAUUGUGGGGCUAGCCUCAUUUGUUUCUCAUUUCUUGAGGAUCACUGCCUUUUGAUGCUUGAUUCCAGUUAUUGAUUCCCUUUGUUGCUUGAGGGCCAUAGUUUCAUAUAUUUUCUCCAGUAUUUUUGUUGUUUUAGGUCAGAAAGUAAUUUUGGUCUCUGUUACUCCAUCUUGGCCAGAAGUGUAAGACCUAAGCAUUUACACAUCAAAAUACUGCACACAUAAUUUUAGUUUAAGCCACUUUUUAAAAAAUCUCCUUCAUUUUCCAUUUAGCAUUCUAUUUAGGGUAUUACAUUGGUUUUUUUGAAAUUCUGUUAUUGGCAGUUUCUAUUGCCUAUCAAUCCCAUUUAAAGAUAGUGCAUAGGGUAUUCUAAAAUAGCUGUUAAGCAAAGAGAAAAUUGGGCCUGAUAGGGUGAGAAUCACAGCUCUAAUACCUAGAGUGACCUUAUAAUGUAUUGUCCAAAGGAGAUAUUUUUGACAGUGAAAGAGGGUGUUGUUAGUAAUUAUAUCAGGACCAUGGCCUAAACCAGGACUAUCCCAGGCAGCCUGGGACAUAUUUGUACCCCAUCUCUAUUUAAUGCCUUUAUACAAUUCUUUACUUAAUUCUACCAGCCUUUAUUGAGCCUGCUUUCUUUGUCUAGCUGAGUGCCACGUGCUGACAUCACUAAGAUCAAUACAGCAAACUCUGAAAGAUGGACAGAGAGACAGGAGAUGGUCCUUUAUAAUGCAGUGUGAUCUGUGCUGCAAUAGAGAUGGAAGAGUGUUCUGAUCAGCUGGAAAACAACGCACAUGGGAAGCUGUACAGAAAUGAGUGGGGAAAGUUUUGGAAGCUAGAAGUUCAAAACGAGGUGUUGGCAGCACCAUGCUCUCUCUGAAGAUGCUAGGAAGAAUCUGCUCCAUGCCUUUCCAUUCGCUUCUGGGGUUUCCUGCAAGCCCUGACAUUCCUUGGCUUGUAGAUGCAUCACCCCAGUUUCUGCCCCCAUCAUCACAUGGCCUCCUCUCUGCGUGUGCCUCUGCAUUCCCUCUAUUCUUCUUCUAAGGACACUGACACUAGUCAUAGUGGAUUAAGGGUCCACUCCUAACUAAUUACAUCUGCAACAACCCUAUUUCCAAAUAAAGUCACAUUCUAAGAUUC